CCCGUCCGUCCUGACCGGGCCUCGUAUCUCCCUGCCGGCAGCUCCGGUAUGGAGGCGCUGCGGGCAGCGGGACGUGCCGUGCUGCGGAGUCCGCGUCUCGCCCGGCACGGCCUGGGGCUCCGCCGGCGGCGCAAGCUUCCUGAGAGCUGGGCUGAUAUGCAGGAGCCACUGCUUGAGGGGAUGUGCUUCACGCUCAAGUAUCUAGGCAUGACACUGGUAGAAAAACCCAAGGGAGAAGACAUGGCUGCUGCUGCUAUUCGCAGGAUCGUGGCCACAGCACGGGCGGGUGCUCGCAAGUUCCAGAAGGUGAUUCUGACAGUGUCUCCGAAGGGCAUCUCACUGCAGGAUGCAGACACAAAGGAGAUGGUUGAGAACAUCUCCAUCUACAGGAUCUCCUACUGCACAACAGACAAGCUGCAGAACAAAGUCUUUGCUUAUGUUGCCCAGAGCCAGGAGAGCGGGGCACUGGAGUGCCAUGCCUUCCUCUCACCCAAGAAGAAGAUUGCUCAGGCUGUGACUCUGACUGUGGCCCAGGCCUUCCAGAUGGCACUGGAUCUCUGGGAAGCAGCACAUGCAGGCUCUAGGCAGGAACAGCCCCUUCACCCUUCAUGUGUCUUGGAGAGCAGUGAGCCCGGCAGACCAAGUGAGCCAGCCCCCCCGGGGAGCCCUCCCUUCAGACACCAGUUUGGGGAGGAGGAAGAGGAGGAAGAAGAUGAUAAAGUCAUUGAAACCUUAUCUGGAGUCAGCACCUCCUGUGCCCAGAGUGAGCUCUCCUACUGCACAGCUACUGCGCUACCGUUUGGGGCAACCCCCAGACAGCUGGAAGGAGCUGGCGGUGGCUGGAGACCUCCACACAGGUGGCCCCAGGACUGCUGGCCCCAAAACUCCCCUGGGCUAAGCCAGAUCUCUGCAACCAUGGACCAGCCACUCAGGAUUCACCCUGUGCCUGCUUCUGGGCCAGACAGUGCCUGCUCCUGCCACUGCCCACCAGGCGUGGGGUCUGCUGGCACCGUUGCCAUGCAGUGCACAGACUGUGACAUCCGCUCCUUGUCCUGCUUUCUGCCUGCAUGAACUGCCUCAAGCUGCAGCUGUUCCCAGCUCAGGCUGGUGCCUGCUUCCAGUGCAUGCAGAGCCACUCCAAGUGCUCUAAGCCUGCAGGAUGCAGCCAGUGUGCCUUGGAUUGCACUGUGUCUGACCUGCCUUGCUUGUUUCUUCCACCUUUCUCCUCGUGGUGGCAGCUGGGGACCAGCUGAAGCUGUGCAGCCCCCCUGGAGACGGUGGAGGACUUGCUUAGCAUGCGUGACCCUCAGGAGCAAUAGUUCUUGGCCUGGAGAAGUGAGGGACGCCUUGCCCCUGCCGUUCAGCCCUGCACCGUCUCACGAGUGAAAAUGAGCUGGUUUUUAAAGGAAAGCUAUGCCCUUAUAGGGAAA